AUGUCUUUCGAUCGCUUAGAUUCACUAGAGUCGCAGCCUACGAAUCUGCGCCGCGCAGAUGAUCCACACUAUCGUGAUGACCCUGAGUUUGACCGCUUGACUGAGAGUCUCUCCAACCGCCUCUUUACCCUCACUUCGAAUAUCACUCGCUUAUCAGACCAAAUCGCUCUCUUGGGAACGCGUCGAGACACCGAGCGUGUGCGUGAACGGGUUCACAACCUUUUGGAGCAGACUCGCUUGGGUUUCAAGGAUGUAGGGGAGGGGAUCAAGAAAGUAACUACGUGGGAAGACGUCAAUCCGUCUCAAAAAUGGACCCAGCAGAAGCUCUCUUCCGAAUUUCGAGCUACAUUAGAGGAAUUCCAAACCGUCCAGCGUCGUGCUCUGGAGAAACAGCGAGCGUCUGCAGUGGCUGCUCGCACAGCCGUGGAAGAUGGUGAGCAUGCGGCCGAAGAUGGCUUCCAGCAGCAGCAAGAGCAGCUUCUUGAAGAACAACCUCGACUGGCGAACCAAGACGAAGUGGAUUUCCAGGAGUCUCUGAUCAUCGAGCGGGAGGCGGAGAUCCGCAAUAUCGAGCAGAGCGUCGGCGAACUUAACGAGCUCUUCCGCGAUGUGGCUCACAUCGUCCAUGAGCAAGGAGGUCAGCUCGAUAUUAUCAGUGAGAAUGUCGAAAGAGUCGGAGACGACACUCGCGGUGCCAACGUUGAGCUGCGAAGCGCAAGCAGGUACCAGAAGAAUGCGCGGAACAAGGCCUGCUGUCUUCUGGUCAUCCUGGCCGUGAUCUUGCUGAUCAUUGUCCUUGCCGUGGUGCUGGGUUGA